UCUCACUUCACCCCUUAUAAAUAAUCAUAACCUCCCACUUUACAAUUAUUAUCUCAUUACAUACGUUUUAGAUUUCAUCAUUCUUUUAAGACUUUAAUAUAUUACAUACAUACAUAAGCGCUUAUUUUUAUAUAUCAAAGAGAAUCUGUUGUUCAUUAGACUUUAAUUAAUUAAGAAAAUGGGAAACUGUUGCACAGCACCGUCGUCAAUGGAGUGGUGUGGAGAUGAUUGGGAAUCUUUGAAGUCUAACCAAACGUUGAAGAAAUCAAAGUCAUGUUCAUCGUCAAGCAAGGUAUUUGACGAAUCUCAUCUUGCUCAAUCUCAACGGAAUUUGUGUUUAGGGAACAUAGUAGAUCACAAAAAUAAUAGUAAUAAGGAGAAGCUAUUAGGAAAGUUGAGAGCUUCUUGUGAUGCCAAUGGAAAGGUGACAUUGAAGAUUUCAAGGGAUGAGCUUGCUGAACUAUUGGGAGAGAUACAGAACAUUAAUAAUAAUAAUCAACAACAACCGCAGCAGAUGACGAUGAUGAAGAAGAAGAAGCAAUUAGCUUCUGCAGAACAAGUUCUUUGUCGGUUAAUAAAAAAAGCUAGAGAUCAUGAAAUUGCAAACAACCAUCAUCACAGUCAUUGGAAACCUGUGCUAGAGACUAUUCCUGAAUGUUAAUUACUUAAUUCCUAAGCUUAAUUAGUUUAAUAGUGCUAGCUAGUUAGCUCAAUGGUUCAUUGACCAUAUUUUUAUUUUUAUUUUCUUCUCAACUUUUCAUAUAAUUAGAUGUAUAGAGGUUUGUGUAGUAAUUGUGUAUAUGAUCUGCAAGCGAAGUGCUUUUUUUUGUAGAAUUGAUUCAGCUAGCUAGCUCAUCCAAAACAUUAUUGUUACUGUAAUUUAUUUCCUCUCUCUUUGGAAUUCA